UAUCGUUCGGUUAGGCGCUGCGCAAGUCUUUCGCGCAAUUAAUAUUUUUUUUUAUGUAAAAAGUGUUAAAAAAAAUAACAAUAAAUCUAAAAGCAAAAAAAUAACAAAAAAAUUAACAUCGUGUAAAAUAAAAAUUAAUAUCUCACCAAAACUGUUGUCGAUGUUUAACAUGUGAAAAAUAUUAUCGUAAUAUAACAAAAAAUUACACGCCAAUAAACAUAAAAAAAAUAAAUGAAAAAAUAAUAAAUGGGAUUUUAAAAUAAUUAAACACAAAUAUCAGAUAUAAUCACUGCGAAUUUAAUACAAAAAAAAAGUGAAAAUAAAUAUAUUGCCAAAAUUAAUUGGAUUAAUCUCUACUCACUGGAUUUCACACAACAUUAUUAACAUAUUUGUUAUUUUUUGGUCGCCAGCAUCAAGGGAUUAACAACAAAUAACGAAUAAAAAUCGGAUUACCUGAAAUUUAAAUUAUUUUUACGAUAUUUUAAUAAACACAAAGCAUGUCGUUCUUCAGACGCGGUCAAAGCAAAGUCUUCUACGGAAGCGCCAUGGAAACACCAUAUCAAUCCAUUUACUCGUCCAUCGAUCGGGAGUUUGCAAAAACACGCAAAAGUACUGUCUUGGGCAGCUUUCGGGAGGAAGCUGAAACAAGUGCGAGUAACGAGUCGUGGAAUAGUCGCCAAGGAAGUCCAUCUAGUCACAAAAGUCAGGAUUCUGGAUUGUAUUCGGAUUCGGAACACAAUUCAUCGCAUUCCUCCAACGUAACGCCAAAGAGACACGAUUCCACGGAUGGUACAAAGACCCCAUCGAGCGCUGGAAGUGUCGUCACUCCUCCAACUGUCAUCCGAAGACCUAAAGUUGAGAAAAAUGAGUUGCUACAUGCCAAACAGAUAUCGUUCGAUGACAACUCGAAUAUUGUACAAAGUAAAAUCAAUGAAAUGAGUUUCGAAAAUACGUCACCUGUCAAUUCGCGAAGUAGUGAUUCCAAAGUCAAACUGCGUCGAAGUCAACCACUUGCGAAAUGUGAAAGUAGCAGUGCUCGUCGAAGUUUGCUUGGUUGCUUACCGCCAUCCGCUGAUGAUGAUAAUGUUUCGUGGGAAUAUCGAGCAUCGCCAAAGGCUGAGCACAAAUCGUAUCAUAAUGAAACUGUCACGUUCGGAGGUACAAUUGAUGAAAGCGCGGAAGAUAAUAACAAUAAUAGUGUGAAAGAAGAAUUAAGGGAAAAAUCAUUUUCAAAGAACUUACCGUUGCCAACAUAUUUGGAACUCUUUCCCACAGACAGCUCUACACCAAAGAGAUCGACUCCGAUCACACAUCGAUCGAUGCCGAAGCAAUCAAGGCGGGUACGACAAACACCUGGCCCCUUAAAAGCUACUUACACACGAUCGCCCGUGCAAUCCAAACCUAGAUCGCCAUCCCCAGAUGACUUUUCGAGUUUCUUCUUGUCGCAAAUUCACAUCAACGAGUACACAAAUCCUCUGUUGAACGGACAUCCAAUGCCUGUUCAGAUUUGGUUAGAUGAGAUGAGUGGAACUUGCUACAAUGAAGUCAUGUCAACUUUACAAACCAAAUCUUUAGUCGUUGAAGCGAAACGUAAUACAAAGAUUGCUUCAAUAACCGCUGUGAAAAUCAUUCGAAACCUCCAACUCAAAGUAACGGAUUUACAAAACGAUUUCGAAAAAGUUGAACGUCAUUUGGCUCCAAUGCUUGAAAAGAAUCCUGAUGAACUGGAUGAAGGUGAUGCGAGAAUCGUUACAUGUGUUGUCAAUCCUUUAGUUGGUGCCAUUGGAUCCUUGUUGGAAAAGGUUAUCGCUAAAAACAUCUAUCAAGCUGACAAUGACAAGGAUUUAGAAAAGUUUGAAGAUACCGUCGAUAACAUCCUUGAUAUGGCAACUGACUUAAGAAAUGCUGCUGCUGUCGAUUUCACAGACUUAGAUAUCCCAGCGUUGCAGGAAGAUGUUCAGAUCCUGAAACGUUACUUGUUGAUAUGCAUAAGAUCAAUCUUUGAAAAACUCGUCAAAAUAAUUGUGCAACAUAUUGAAGACACAAAAUGUCCCUUGAUUCUCAAGUCAAAUCUGAAUUACAUUUCAACGCUAUCGAAUUUGGACUAUACAGGAUUCGGAUCCUUGAAUGAUGCCUUUUGCUCGAAUGGUACAGUGAGAGCUUUGUUAAUUGUAUGUUUAGAAGAUAAGGAUGCUGGAAUAAGAGCUUUGGCUAUGAGAGCUCUUGCUACAGUUUGCUCUUCACAAGAAACCAUAGCGCAGUUUGAACAAUCCGAAGGUUUGGAAAUUGUAAAGGAAACUUUGACAGACAACUCUCCAAAACGCACUGAACAAGAACUGAGAGAAGCUGUGUCGAUGUUGACGCAAAUCACAGCACCUUGGCAUGGACCAAACCAUCAAAUCGACGGAUUGAAAGCUUAUGUUGAUCCUUUGGUUGAAGCUGUCACGCGAUUACUUGAACGAACAGUUUGUUGUCAAACCCUUCUGCUUUGUGCUGCUUGUUUAAACAAUUUGUCACGUCUUGAAAGCACCGCCAUCUACUCCAUCAUGUCGAACGAAACUAUUCUCAAACUAAAAGACGCAACUGCUCGUCGCGGUCCAAACGCUUCCAUCUUCUUGUACGAACAAAUCACUUCAAUGAUCUUCAAUAUGGCGCACAACAAAAAGUCCCAUCACCAUUUGGCAGACAAAGCUAUCAUCAACUUCAUGACUGGCAUUUUCGAAGAUCGUUUCUACGCCAAAUACGAAACUCGUGCAGAAAACCAAGCACUUCAAAAAGUAAUUAAAAACUUGUUGCACAUCUUCUCGCGUCUCAUACACGAAUCAAAUGUGGGACACGAAAUAUUGGCUAAUAAUAUGGUGCCAAUUUUCUCGCGUGUCGAACAGAGUUUGAGCAACAAUCAGAACGAAUUCUCGCGGGAUGUCUCAUUCAUCAAUCGUAAACUCAACGAGAGCCUAACGAUGCCAAUUUGUAACCGAUAUCUGGAAAGUAGUUUUGAUGCACAGGAAGCAAAAAGUUUAUCGUCUUCGGUUUCCAUGCAAAAGCAGCAGGAGCAAUCGCAAACAAGUUACAAACAAAUUAGUAUCGUUUAAAAUUCCCUUUUGCCGCAACAAAAGUUCAUGUAAAUACAUAAAUUUGCGUAUUGGAACGACAAGAACGUCUUAACACAAGUGCCAUAUACCUAAGUGUAAUUGCUGCAAAAGAAUUCCGAAGAAAGAUGUUUCUUAGUUUCUUACACAUUUGUACAUAAUUCGAUUAGUUUAUCAAACAUUUGAAACAUUUAACUCGAAAAUGUAAUAAAAGUUCUUUUCAUUACAAGUUUAUCGGAUGUUUUCUAGCAUUAAAUUUCUGUAAAAUUGAACUACUUUUAAUGUUAUUUAAGUUUUGUAUACCAAAUAUAUCUAUUUUAUUUAUUUA